UGUCAUUUAUUUUGUUUCGCGGAAAAGCACCGAACCUUUCUACUGUACUAGUACUAGCAAGCUUUGGCGGCAAUGAUCGACGGAAGAACCACGUGCAGCAGUACUAGUAGUUAUACAGGUAGUCAUGGUGCAGAUGUUAAAGCUUCAUUCACAGCGCAAUGGAAGCAAGAAGAAGGGCCUAAGAAGUGAUGCCAGUGAGAUUGAGUUAAAGCCGCUGACCGAUGCUACCCCUUCCCAGACUCCAGUGACGAGUCCUACCAAUGCCAGCUCGGAUGAAAAUAUUCAAAUAUCCAAGCGAUCCUUCACCCGAUAUAUAGUCCUUUUUGUGGCUGUCAUGGUGGGGUGUUAUCAUUUGGGACGAUGGACAUGUAUGGUAGAACAUCAGGACCUGCUAGAUGGAGAUGUCGAAUCCAAACCCAAGGGCGACGACAAGACGACCAAAACCGACGGCGACUAUUUCAUGAACAUGCAAAAAGUACAGGCCAUUCGCCGAAAAGGCCAACAACUUCUCAGUGAACUGGAGGAAUAUUACAGCAAGCACAAAGGAGGUGCUCAAUCGAUCCUUAUUGGACCCGGUGGUUGGGCCAAUGGGUGGGUUUUUUUCGGAAAGAGAACUGCCAGGGAAGAGAAACUGGUCGACACCAUGGCACGGGCCUUGCUCAAUCCCCAUCAAAGCGUCUUUAAGAUUGGAGUUAUUGGCAGCUCGGUGGCAGCUGGACACGACAACUGCGCCUACGAUAACUAUCAACAUCAAUUAGAAAGAACCUUCUCCCCAAUUUGGGAGGCUGCCGGUAUGAAACUCGAAAUCCAAAAUGCGGGUCAGGGAGGAAGUUGUGGCGACUCCCACAAGAACCAAGUUUGGUGCAUCCAGCAAAACGUUUCCCCGGACUCGGAUAUUGUGCACUAUAGUUGGAGCUACUUUGAAGUGGGAGAUGACAUGGACGGACGAAAGGAACGCGAGAAAUUGGUUCGAUGGACCCAACUAUUGCCUAACAGCCCACCAGUUCACCUCGUCAAUGUCCUCUUCGAAGAAGCUUGCUUAGGGCAGCAAGAGGGCGGCAAUCCGCACGAGAACGAAAUGUUCGAAGCCUAUCAAGAGUAUGGAUACAAUGCCUUUUGCAUGCGGUAUGCGAUAGCCUCAGGUCAAUAUCAAUGGAAGAGAGGGGACCCCAUCUUUGAGGGACAGCACUCGGGAGAUGGACUUCAUAAUACCACGAGAUACGGUCUCAACGAAACCAAUGCGGAACGGAGAGAAUCCUUGGGCGUCAUUUUGCGAAAUUGGCACCCCGGGCCCCUUGGCUUUCAAUACAUUUCGGAUGCAUUGGCCUAUAGUUAUACGACCGCCAUGCUGGCUGCGCUCGACCGAAUCGAAGCAGUCAUGGCCACGAAAAAGUUUGCCAAAUCCAAAACCAAGCCCAUUGUGCCCAGAAACCACACUGUAGCCGAGGCCGCUUGGUGGAGAGAUCGACCCAUCAUUAUGGGACAACAAAUGAAAGAUCCCCUGUUUUGUGACCCUCGAUAUUGCAAAGUGGAUCAGGCACCGAAAUGUCUCAAUCUAGAAAUUCCCACCUAUGGUUUUUGGGGGGCUAGCAUUGCAAAACCCAACGACGACUUGAACCCGUUUAAGGGAGAAAACCAAGAUUGGAAGGAGUAUCAAGAAGGAAUGGGCGACCGAUGGCACAUGGUGAAUCGAUUAGAAGCUUCCCUAUACGUUGACAAACCCGAAAUGUGUCAAUUUCCAGACCAUUGCGCUGCAGUAGAAGCCAAGUCCCCCGAAAACGGUCGCAUGGUGUUCAAACUCCCCAAAAUGGAAGUGGGCAUGGUGAUCAUUUGUUUCUGCUGUGGCAAGGAUGUAGCCAAACCUCAAUUCUUGGACAAUCCAAAUGUGGAGGUGGACUUUAAUGGGAAAAUACUGGACCGCUCAACGUGGGAUAUUUUUCCUGAGAAAAAGUGCGCUCGUGUGAUCAAGGAACAUGGAACUGCUGUUGGGUCUCACGGGCAUUCCUAUCUGUCAGUGCGACUCCUGCAAGGAAACAACCAAACAGUGCGGAUCAGUCAUGUGAUAACAAUAUAGAGAUACCUACCUCUAAUAACUAGCUACAGUAGUAGUACCUGUAGCAGAAGAAGAUUUCGACAAGCAUUUCGACAAGUAAGUUUAAAAACUAAUGGAAUUAAACCAAGUCGUCCCGCGUUCAACUCUGCCCUGCGCAAACGACAGGAAACUUCACGCCGUUAAACUUCAAC